UGACUUUAUACUUUUGAUUUUGGUUAAAAGUACUCUUAAUGUUUCAAACUUUCCCGCGCUAUUCAUAUUGACUGCGGCGGAACAUCCGUAUAUUCGACUAUUUCCGGUAAAAGGACGCUUCCGAGUUUCCGACUUCCGCUUCAUUUCGCGACGCCUUCCUUUGCCCUUUGCCUUCCUUGUUGGCAAUAGUUUAGAACUUCUCGCGUUAAAUAAGAAAAGAAAAAGAAUUCUACGUGCUUUAAUUUAUCGUUAAGUGUUGGUAUCUUUUGCAUUUAUAAAUUUUACUCGUGAAACGCACUGGUAAACAAUACACAUUUGACGUUAAGGAGACAACGACUGGCUGUACAACGAACGCGAUUCAACGAACAGAAAUAACACUUUGUGCGAUUCCUUUUUCACUUCGACAAUUUCGACGCAUUUAGAUUAUUUAGAAUACUACUGAAUUAUCACCAUGAACUCGCGAGCUACCUCCAUCACUAAUCUUCCCGAGAUUAAAAUUUUGCGCAUAAGAACUAAUCCCAAUUCUUCCACCAAUGGUGAGUUGACAUUAACCGAACAACGUUCUGACUUGACUGCAAUUAAUAGAGCCGAUCUGGAAAAACUUCUCUCUGACGUAAAGGACCUUACCAAUAAACUAGCCACCGCUAAUCGACUCAUAGACACUCUAAGCGAAGAACUCGCUUCUGCUGGAGUCGCUCCAACAACUUUUAAUUCCAAAGACAUUAAGCAGUAUUUCGAAUUAAUUUGUGGAUUUAACAAGGAGAGGGAAGAGCUAGCUAAUAAAUUGUCCACAUCUCAGGAGGAAACAAAGAGCAUCAGGGAGCUUUUUAAGACAAAAAUGGAGGAGGUAUUUCGUGCGCAAGCGGAAUUACGUGAACCACGUCUAAUGCCUAUUGCCAUAGAGGGAUGUCUUAAUUGCUCUGCGUUGGAUCACAGUUUUAAGGAGUGCGAGAAACCUUAUAACGGUCGCUUUUGUCAGCUUUGCGGUAGCUUGGAAUUCUCCACUGAAGAGUGCCCUUGGCCUCACUAUAAAAGGAGAUUAUCCCGUGUAUCAAAUUUGCAUUGCUGUGAAAUGUGUCGGAAUCCUCUACACAUGCCAGACAUUAAUUGCGAUGAGUGUCGUGAAAGAAUGAUUAAGUCCGCGAUUAAACGACGAAAUAAAUUGACACAGGAAUUAGAAGAUCAGUCGAUGGAAUUGAAACCGUUGAAUAAAAUAGAAGAAAUGGAACAUCUGUUGUCGGACUCGGAGAAUGAAGCAAAUAAUUCAUUUUCAGUUUUUUCAAUUUACAAAGCAGUCAAUUAGGCGCAGAAGAAGCUAUUGACUUAUUUUUUUACCUCGCGUUUUUUCCAGUUUAUUCCAAGUGUAAAUCUUCUGGCUUUAAUUUCGUUAAUUUAAGAUCAGAAGAAGAUAUUUUUUUACUUAGUAAAUAUAUAUUUUUUGACCUCCCGUUUUUUUCAGUUUACUGUAAAAGUAAUAAUUACUUCAGCGCCGUUGUGCUUUUUUCGCACUGUUGCGAAAAUAACGAAAAUUCGAAUUCGACAUUGUAUUAUCGCUAAAUUUUAAUUUUCUCCAAGAAAUAAAAAUACUUUUUUUUUGUUUUACAUAACUUUGUACUUCGUACUAUCGCGAACAAUGUCUUUUCACUGAAUAAACAAUUUUUGAGUUUCGUUUUC